CGUACAGGUACCAUAUCAUUGUACCUACUCACCUCUCCAUCCUCUUCAGUCAAGUUUUGUGAAAAGAUCUUUCAUUUUGAUUUUUUGGAAGGAAAAAAAGAAAAAGCUUUACUCCCUUUCUUAUUACAGAGAACAAAAAAAAAUCAGAAUUUGACGUCCUAUAUUCUGAGCAGUUGUUUUUUUCCAUAUAUUUUCUGGCUCACAAAACAGAGCAAGCCCAUCAACUCUGUUUUCCUUUUCUUUUUUUUUCCAACUACACCGGCCAGCGGCGAUAGAAUCUCAAUCUGGGCAUUAGAUGAAGAUUUUUAUCCCUUGAUAAUUAUUGUGUGAAUUUUCUAGGUGAGAAAUAAAUGAAGCAGAGUCGGCUUGGACCGAGUCAAGUAACGCUCAAGGCGUCAAACUUUUUCGGAUUACCCGAGAAACCAAGCGAGUUCUUCGCUCUUAUGAUGCGAAUCGGACUCCUGGUUUGCCUCGUGGCGUCAAUUUUCCUCGCUCUCCACUCGGCUUUCUGGGCCAGGUCAUCCCACCGGUUCGCCUUACCAGACCGGAUAAGGAAAGCUCGAGACUUCUCUGCACAAAACGACGACGAUGUGGGACCCACUAACAUCUCUCACAUUAUUUUUGGAAUCGGCGGUUCGGUGCACACGUGGCGAGAGCGCAGCCACUACAGCCUUCAUUGGUGGGACCCCAACGCAACCCGCGGCUUCGUCUGGCUCGACGCGAAACCAAAACCUGACGUAAUAAACGGCAGCGUUUCGAUCCCAUACCGAGUCUCGGAGGACUGGACCCGGUUCAAGUACUCGAGCUCACAAUCAGCGGUUCGGAUCGCCCGAAUCGUGCUGGAGAGCUUUCGGGUCGGGCUCCCAAACGCGAGGUGGUUCGUGAUGGGGGACGAUGAUACCGUGUUCUUCGCUGAUAACUUGGUGUCAGUGUUAGCGAGUUACGACCACACGCAGAUGUACUACAUUGGCGGAAACUCGGAGAGCGUGGAACAAGACGCGAUGCACUCGUACGACAUGGCGUUUGGCGGUGGCGGUUUCGCCAUUAGUCGCCCGCUCGCGGCUCGCUUGGCCAUGAUAUUGGACGGCUGCCUCGGCCGCUAUUAUAGAUUUUACGGCUCUGAUCAGAGGAUCUGGGCUUGCCUUAGCGAGCUUGGCGUGUCCCUCACUCGCCACCGUGGGUUCCAUCAGUUGGAUAUUAGAGAAAACCCGUAUGGUCUUCUAGCAGCUCAUCCAUUGGUUCCACUGGUAUCCCUGCACCAUCUUGACUACUUGAAUCCAUUGUUCCCGGAGCAGACCCAAAUAGAAUCAGUGGAGACCUUAAUGAAAGCAUAUCGGGUCGACCCGGGACGUAUCUUACAACAAUGUUUUUGCUAUGACAAGAAGCGUAAAUGGUCAAUAUCUAUAUCUUGGGGCUACACUUUGCAGAUUUACCCCUUCAUGUUAGCCGCUAUGGAACUUCAAACGCCCAUGCAGACGUUCAAAACGUGGCGGAGUUGGAGCAAUGGACCUUACACGUUCAACACCCGACCCGUGAGCAACGACCCGUGCCAGCAACCGUUGGUUUACUUUCUUGAACGGGUCGAGGAGGUGGGUGAGAGUGGAACCAGGAGUAGUUUUGUGAUGUCCGUGAGCAAAGAAGCCAAGAAAUGUGGAAGGGAAGCGUAUAAGCAUGUCAUGGCAGUCCCAAGAGUUGUUGUUAGCUCUAUGAAGAUGGACAGAGACUACUGGAAUAAGGGUCCUGUUAGACAGUGCUGUGAGAUUAUGGAUCGUGGGAGUGUAAAGAACGGGACCAUGCGGAUUAGAAUUAGAAAGUGCAGACCAAAGGAAACUAUUACUUUUUAAGAGAGAAGAGAAAGCACUAUUUUCUUAAUAUUACAAAAGUUAGUACACGACCAAAAAUGGCGGCCAAAUUAAGUGCUCUUAGCACGGUAGCACCUCAUAUGGAGAGUGUAUAUAUGGGCUCUAAAUUAAUAUCUCCAUCCUAAGAAAUAUUAAUUGUCAUAUGUGACUUUAUGACAAAAGGUGCAAAAGCUCCUGUAUAGGAUUGAGGUUGCUUACGAGAUGUAAUGGAGAAGGAAGGUGAAAGAAGGGAGCUUCCAUAUAGCCUUUUGGUAUUGAAAUUAUGCAGAGCCCCACCAUCUCAAAAAGCUAUAUUUUAAGUGGCAAGUGACUUUAUUUGUGAGGGGAAAGAUGGUGGUAAAAAAUAGAAUAAAGAAUAAUUUGACUUAUUAGAGUACUUUGUGUAAUGGCAUCUAUGAAAAGAGCAAUUUUAUCUAACGGUACA